AUGUCCGCCUCUCAGACAGCAACCCAGCCCUCUAGACAGGGCAAAAAGGCGCCGCGGAAACACGUUACAACGGCGUGUGUUCCUUGCCGCGAAAGCAAGAUUAGGUGUGAUGGUGCCUCGCCGGAUUGCGUGAACUGCCAGAAAAAAGGGAAAAAAUGCAUGUACCAGCAUGGAGACGAUAAGCGAAAGGUUUCGCUACGCGCAGCAACUGAAUUAUUCUCAGCGAGAAUCGAUCAGUUAACCCAGUUUAUAUAUGACCGUGGCAUGGAGCCACCCGCCAACGAUCCUGAGGCUGAACAAGAAAUAAACCGAGUUUUGGACACCCUUCGGAUUUCGCGAGGUGCAAUGCGACGGCAUGUGCCUCAGCUGGAGAACCAUUCUCCGCAUACCGCAGUUUCUAAUCGAAGCGCCCACUUUGAUUAUCCGCAUGCUUCAAUACCAUCUGUGCUGCCAAACUGGUCUUCCACUUAUCCAACUGCCGAUACCCCGCGCGGUGUCGUACCAACGCCGGAGCAGCAUCUGGCUGACGGUUCAAAUUUCACACAUGCGGGUUUCGACUUCACAUUGCCCACGGCUGAGUGCUUAGACAAUCUCUAUGCGAAUCUGCAAAGUCCCGAAAAUCCUCUUGCGGACGAGAACCCUCAUAGCGGGGCCGAGCGGCCUUCGUUAUAUUUACCAGGAGAUGCCGCUGAUACUGACAGUGACAGCGGCGACGACCCAGAACAUGAAGUCAUAGAGCAGCUGUCAUCUCGAAUCGGCACCCUCAAACUAGCCAGCGACGGACAUCUUCGGUACUACGGCCCGACGUCAAAUCUAAAUUUGGUGGAUGUGGUUGCCACAUCGGAUAAACGGCCUGGUCCGGAUGCUCGUUCUGUCCGGCAUGAUGGUCAGGAGUUGCUGAAUCAUCUGCGCAUUGGACAGCAUGUUGAACAGAGUCUGGAGGAUCAUUUGAUACAGUUGUAUUUCACGUGGCAGAAUCCUAGCUUGUAUGUCGUGGAUUGGGAGAUGUUCGCGAGCGCCCGUGCUAAAUGGAGGAAUGACUUGGAUGAUACACCUUUUUUCUCGGAGGUGCUGACGAACGCAAUGUGUGCGCUUGGUGCUGCUUUCGAGGCUCGCUAUCACCCUACAUUUAUCACUUUUCCAAAGUCACUCUCGGAGUUUUUCGCCGACAGGGCGAAGGCCCUCUUGGAGAUUGAAUUGGAUUGUCCUUGUGUUGCUACGGUCCAGGCUCUUGUGAUUCUCAGUAGCCACGAGGCCGCAUCGAAUAGAGAUGCGCGAGGCUGGCUAUAUAGCGGUAUGUCGAUGCGACUUGCGUUCGACCUAGGCUUGCAUCUUGAUAUGACACCUUAUGUUAAAAAAGGGAAGAUGACUCCUUUGGAGGCUGAGGUUCGAAAAGUCGCUUUCUGGGGAAGCUACGUUGCAGAUCACUUCUGGGGAUUCUAUCUCGGCCGACCAUUUCGCAUGAAUGCUGGAGAUAUAUCUGUCUGCAAGCCAGCAUCGGCCAUAGACCGUACCAGAGAGGAGACUUGGCAUGCUUAUGGAAUGGGUGAUAGCCAUUUGCCAGCUCUAACAACAGGCCUUCGAAGCCCAAGUGAGCUUAUUACUCGGCAAUUCGCCAAUUUGUGGGAAAUGAUUACCCCUGUGGGCCAUAUCUUGUACGGAUGUCAUGAUAUCGAUAGGCAUGACCUGCAACGAAUUACAUACCAAGUGACAGAGGAUCUAUUUGCCUGGAAGAGCAAUCUUCCUUCCUCGCUACAAAUUGAUCUCGAUCAUGACACUGGGCCGAUCUUACCACACCUAUUGAUGCUACAUAUGCAAUACCACCAGAUUCUCAUUUUCUUCCAUCGCCCGUGGGUAUCUAAGAGCUACAUUCAGCCUCAAAACCCAAAACAAGGUCCCGGAUAUCAACACGCACGGAGAACUUGCAUUGAAUCAGCAACGUCGAUUGCCCGCCUUCUACGUCUCUACGAAAAAUAUUACACAUUCCGCCGAAUCAACAAUCAAGUCGUCGCAAUCAUCUUCACCGCGGCCUUGAUCCUAAUUUUCGUCACGAUCUCUAUGUCAUCUCAAACCGCAGGCCGGUUCCGUCUAGACGACCAGUGGCAGCAAAUCGACAUGGUUGCACAUUUAAAUGUCUGUUUCCGAGCCCUCGAUGAGCUCGGACAGUCUUUUGAGAACGCCAAACGAACGCGCGAUUUCCUUGUUAGCCUGCAGCGACGAUGGCAAAACCACAUGCGCAGAUCCGGGAUGCGGUCGAAACGGCUGCAUGGGAAGUCUACUGACGGGUUGACAGCAGGCUCUGCGAACGAUCCUUCUGCUGCAGCUGCCACCGUGGCCACUGGCAAGAAAAAGCCCCGAUUAGAAGGCAUGGAGUUAUCCCUACUCGGGGCCCCUGGCCACGACCUCGUCGACCUAGGCCGAAUCGGGCUGAAUUGGACUCCUUCUAGCCGGGAUCUCAAAAUGCUCUCGGACGAUCUGGGGGGCCCGCUGCUCUCGUCAGACACUGCGCCGUUUGCUGCUACUGCAAAUACGCUAUCCAGUCUAGACGAGAUAGCGCCCGCUUGGUGGGAUUCGCCGCCGGGUGCUUCGAGUGGUGGUGGAAGUAAUCAUAAUGGUAACGGUCUUCGAGACAGGAAGUUUAAUGGGAUGUAG